GGAAGAAGGUCAGCUCUCGCUCUCUGAAUUUUUUUCAUGCAGAAACGACGACGAAGAGCGGCGAGCAUCAAACUCACAUGCACAUCAAAUAUGAGCUGGACCAUAUUUGCCAUCUUUCUCUUCGGCGUACAAGUCUUCCACGGAUUGGAGACAAGUUCCUGGGGGGGCUAUUAUGACAAGAAAACCGUCUGUGGCCUGACAGGAAGCACAGUCACGCUCAACUGCUACUUCUGGUACCCGAAAGAAAAUGAUGGCCAACAGACAAACGUUGAGAAGAGGUUGUGGUUCACCAAAGUUUCUGAUUAUCAACCUGAAGAUCUGAGCUUAGACCCCGAGUACUCUGGUCGUCUGGACUUUUACUGUCAAGGCGAUUGGUGCAGCUUAUCAAUCAGAGAGCUGAGAGAAAGUGACGCGGGCGUGUACAAGUUCAGAUUUGUAACAAACCGGCCAAGGGAAAGCUACACUGUCAUGCCUGGAGUCAAUCUGACAGUCAAUGAUCUCCGAGUAGUGAUGAGGAAAACCAAUCAGGACAAGCGUCUGAGUUGUGAGACCGAGUGCAAGCUGGGGUCUUCUCCUUCAUACCUCUGGUAUGAGAACGGACGGGAAAUCCAAAAUGAAAACUCCCAAAAGUACAAACCUGGAUAUUACUCCAAACACAGCUACUCCUGUGCUGUAAGAGGAAAUCAGCAGCUUUUAUCUCCUCCAGUGUGUGAGUUGACUCCUGCCAGAGCAGUUUUUAAGACUUUGUUCCUCGCCAACUCUAAUGCUGAGGUGCUUGUUCAAUCUUUCAGGUGGGCCAAAAGAUGUAACAUUGUCCGUUACCACAACAGAAACAUCUGCGCCCUUAAAGGCUCGUCAGUGGACAUUAAUUGCAUUUACGGAACCAACUGGAACUGGAACAUCGAGACCAAAUUCUGGUUCAGAGCAGAGACAAAUCCCUCUCCACCUCGGAAUCUCCAGUUGGACAAUCACUACCAAGAUCGUGUUGAAUACCCAUCAGCACCGUACGGACAAUCAACUCUGAGAAUUAAAAACGUGACUGAGAGCGAUUCUGCUGAGUAUCGCUUCAAAUUCAUCACAAGCAAUUUUGAAUGGAAAAGUACUUUACCCGGAACUACUUUGACAAUCACAGCUGUGCAGAUGAAGGUGGUAGACGUCCAAGUGGAAGAUUCUCAUGUGUCCGCUUGGCUGUCAUGUCACACGAGCUGCAGGCCGGCAGCUGUUUUGUCUUUCUGCUUGAUGAAGAAUGGAGUUCAGUUUGAUUGCACAGAAACACAGAGGACGAAACAGCUCAGAAUGCGUUUAAAUCCUGGAGACUAUGUCACCUGUGCUGUGCAAGGACAACCACUUAUCGUCUCUUCUCGCCUGUAUGCUCUGAAAACCCCCAGGGUGCAGCUGAGUGAUCGAGGUGAGAUCCUGGAGGGUCACUCACUGACUCUGACCUGCAGAACUGACACUCAAACAUCAUAUCGACAACACUGGUACAAGAAGAUAAGGCCUUCAGGUCAACAAGAUUUGGGGACGAGACCAGAACUGGUCUUCCCCUCCAUCCAGUCUGCAGACUCAGCAGAGUAUUUUUGUAUUGUAGCGAAUGACCUUGGGAAUAGGAUGUCACAAUCUGUCAUCAUCGAUGUGAAAUAUGCUCCAAAGUGUUCCGAUUUGGGGGUGAGUCCACCACAGGACAUCCAGGAGGGCCAGUCAGUGAGUCUGACCUGCACCUGCGACGCUAACCCAGCCGCUAGCUACACCUGGUACAAGGACAACAAAAUUGUGCUGCAGGGAGCAGAAAGAAAUUACAAUUUCGCUUCCAUCUGCUCAGAAGAUGCGGGAAGCUUCUUUUGCAAGGCCCAAAAUGUAUAUGGAAAUGGCAUCUCCUCACAGGUUUUCAUAAACGUUCAGUAUGGUCCUCGGCAUGUGAACAUCUCUGCGAGCCCCUCCAGUUCCGUCACCGUGGGUUCUUCGGUCAUUUUGACAUGCAGCAGUGACGCUAACCCCAACGCUGACUACAUUUGGUACAAGGACAACGAGGAGUCACCCAAAUCCACACAGGCAGUCUUCAACAUCAGCGAUUACCAACUGCACCACGACGGCGAGUAUCGCUGUGAGGCCCGGAACACCUUGGGGAGCACCAACGCCACCCACCGGCUUUACACAGAGACUCGUCCCCUGAAGGCGGCAACCAUCGGUUGCGUGACGGGAGUUGUACUGCUCAUCUUGCUUCUCGUCACCAUCUACAUGCUCAGGAAAAAGAUUGCAUCAAAGCACACAACACAGUCUGAAGCUCAGCAAACGGCAAGUGCAGACAGUGAUGGGAAUCAUCAACACGAGCUGGUCUACUCCGUGGUGACAUUCUCCAAAAACGCUCCCACAUACGCCAACGCGAAUCGGUACCAGGACAACGGUCAGUUGCAGUGACAGCCGAGCCUCAAGGCCAAAGGCUCGAGCGGAACCCGACGUGUCCGUACUGUGCGCCACAGUGCAGAAAAACAAGAUCUGAACUCAUUGUGCUUGACUUUUUUCCCCACAUCAUUAAUUAGUUGAUAAAUUGCGUUGUAUUAAGUCUUUAUACAGUAUAUACAGUCUUGCAUAUAGAAAUGCUGGUAAUUUUUUCUUUUUUAACUUUCCCCAUGUUUAUUAUCAUUGAAAUGCAUGUUAAAAUUGAGUGGGGGAUGAUUAUCAUAUUUUUGAAUGCAUAUUUUGCAAUGAUAACUUUUUUUUAUUUGAAAGACCGAUUUGUUUUUUUUUCCAAGAGCUUACAUUAUUUCUACAGUUGAAUGGCCGUAUUUUUGAUUUUUUAUGUUUGAAUCUGAACAAUGUGCCACUUCUUUUUUUUAAUGCUUGAAUGUCAGGUAUGAACGUUAAUGUUAAAAUAUAUCCCAUACAACGAAGAAAGUUUUUGCUGUGGUGUCAUUUUGACCCUGGAACAGACUUCCUUUUUUCCAUUUCAAUGACUUCAA